AUGGCUCACAUCAUCCACGCCGAUCUUGACGCCUUCUACGCCACCGUCGAGCAGCUGGACAACCCUGAGCUCCGCGGCAAGCCGGUGCUGGUCGGCGGGCGGCCCGAAAGCCGCGGCGUGGUUGCCACGGCCUCCUACGAGGCCCGGCCCUUCGGCGUGCACUCCGCCAUGCCCAUGCGCACCGCCGUACGCCUCUGUCCCCAGGGCAUCAUCGUACGGCCCCGCUUCAACCGCUACCGCGAGAUGUCCCGCCUGGUUAUGGAUGUCUUUCGCGAUUUCACCGAAAUCGUGGAGCCGCUUUCGCUGGACGAGGCCUACCUCGACAUCAGCGAAGCAGUAAACGAGGCGGAGGGCAGGUGGCCGCUGGGGGUGGCCCUGGAGCUGAAGCGACGCGUGAAGGAAGAGACGGGCCUUACGGUCUCCGUGGGCGUAAGCGCCAGCAAGUACGUGUCGAAGAUCGCAUCCGACCUGCAGAAGCCCGACGGGUUGGUGGUCGUGCCGUCCGGCGAUGAGACAGGGUUCCUGGCGCCGCUGGCUGUCGGCAAGCUCUGGGGCAUCGGCCCCAAGACGGCAGAGCGCCUGAACGCCGAAGGUGUCGAAACCAUAGGAGACCUGGCCUCCAAGCCGACCGACUGGUUUGCCAGGGUCUUCGGACAGCGCGCCGAGAGCGUCAGGCUGAGGGCCGCCGGCCAGGACAACGAACCGGUACACACUGAGCGCGUCACCAAGUCCGUCUCUUCGGAGACCACGUUCCCCGACGACAUCGGAGACACCGAAGAGCUGCAUCGCGUACUGGACGAACUCGCGAGCGGCGUAUCCGGCAGUCUGGAGGGCAAGGGCCUUCAGGGCCGUACCGUUACCGUGAAGAUGCGCCUCGCCGACUUCACCACCUUCAGCCGCCAGUCGACCCUUCCGCGGCCUUCCAACGACGUGGACCCGAUACGGGAACUUGCCUGGCGGCUACUUUCCGCCGAACUUACCGCCGGUCGCACGUUCCGUCUUCUGGGAGUCGGCGUAAGCAACUUCUCCGACGGAGAGGAAGAGCGCCAGCUUCCCCUGACCCUGGAGGGCGACUUCAGCGCCGUCAGACGCGAAUGGUGGCUGCCGGAGACUACCCCGCUGCCCUGA